AUGGAUGCGGUGCUGGCUUCAACAUGGCCUUGUGAAGCCUUGCCCCUUUUUGCAGGGGAGCGGCCGUCGUGGUGGCUACUGCUUGCUGCGUGCUGCUGUGCCUACCACUGCCCGAGUACCUCAGGCGCAUACAUAGCCAUCAAAGUCGCCUGCCACGACCCAAUGCCACCGCCGUCCUGUUGCACGUACUCGCACACGCCCACCCUGCCCCCACAGCGCGAGAUACUCGGUGGCUCCUCGGGCCCCUGCACCCACACCCACACCCACACCCCCAUCCACACACCCAUCCACGCCCACACACUCGCUCUUGUCAGCCAGGGGACGGCCACGCUUGGGCUUCUCGGCGACCAGCCGGCCACUCACCAGCCCUCAUUUUUCCCCACCACGCAGGACCCGUUGUGCAGGCCUGCGAAAGAGAGAGCGAGACCUCGCAGAGACCCUGAGUCUGCUCUCGCCAUCCCUCCCUGCUGCUGCUACACCAUUGCUGCCGUCACUGCCGCCCUCGCCGCCCCUCGCCCUCGCCCUUGUCCAUCCACGCCAUCCUCACGCGCCGCCGCCUGUUCGCUGCGCCUGUCUAUGUGCCCAGCAUCAGCAGCAGCAUCAGCAGCAGCAUCAGCAGCUCCAUCUCCAUCUCCAUCCCUUCCUACCUUUUCUUGGUCAGACCUCCGCCAGCCGGUAGUCCCCCACGACGCCUACGGCCACGACACGACCCGCAUCCGCUACUGA